GUCACCUUCCGUAUAUACCUUGUUCUGCAGCAUAUAAUAUGUGUCAGUCUUGUAUUUCAGGUCAUGGAUGCUCUUCGUUUAGCAAAUACAGCCUUGGCUGUGGAUAUCUGGAAAAUACUUUUUGAACAAAAAAAAUCAGAAAAUAUAAUUUUCUCGCCAUUAUGCAUAUCAGGCUCUCUAGCUCUAGCUAUGAAAGGAUCCAAAGAAAGCACUGCUGCCAACUUUGAAAAGGUAAUAAUUCUGUUUGCAUCGCAUUGAGUAUUGUCAAUUGACUUUUUCUAUGCAUCUUAUUACAUGAUAAUAACAGUGGCAUAUUCUUAAAGGAACAUUAUAGGGUCAGAAACACAAACAUGUAUUCCUAAACCUAUAGUGUUUAAUCCAUCAUUUAGGUGUCUUGCCCCCUUAGCCCCCUUAGAAAAUGUUAAAAUUCACCUUAUUUCCAGCGCUGCACGGAUCCACCAGUGCUGGCCCACCCCGAUCCGCCUCCUUGGUAACAUCAUCAACAUGAUGAUUUUUUUUUUUAGCCAAUCCAGUGCUUUCCCAUAGGAAACAGGUGCUUCACUUUGAUCAGGAUACUUUUGAACAAUCUUUAUAUAGCUAUUUACUGUAUUAUUAAUACAUGCUUCAUUAUCAAUUAACAGGUGCUUCACUUUGAGAAAGUCAAAGAUUGUGACUUUGGAUUUCAGACUCUUACUUCAGAUAUUUCCAAAAUUAGUUCUGUAUACUCUCUGAAAAUCGUUAAACGUCUUUACAUAGAAAACAGUCUCAGCUGCACUAAGGUAAAGUAAAGAAUACAUUUAUUUUUGGAAUAUGUAGGUUUACGUAUUAAUUUUUUUUGGUGGGGGGAUUUUUCACUAGAAACAUAUAGCUACAUGAAAAGCUGAACUAUGUAAAAAGAUGCUUACCAAAUACAUGUGGAUGGCAGACUGAUAAAACAGGGGAGCAAGGUAGGACAGGUUAUAAACAUCAUACAACAUAAAAAUUAGCAUGGAAUAGAAGACAGAGAUGGAUAUAUAACUUGACGCAAAGUAUAGCCUGAACUAACACCCAGGGCCAGAUUAAGAACCCAGUGGGCCUGGUGCUGACAAUUACGAUGGGGCCUAAUUCCAGGAUCUUAUCGACCAAAAACACAAACAGUCAUACCUCUCAAGCAUCAUGUAUCUGAUGGAGAUGGUGUUGGAGGGAAACUCAAAGGAUGCAGCUAUAAGAAAACACAUACUCUAUGCUAAUCUCUUUAUCUAAUUUAUGCUUUCAUCUUUUAAGUAAAUCCAUACCCCCUAACAGCAGUGUCCAGUAAAGCAGGAAGUCAAUGGGCAGGGUAAAAUGGUGAGCCACUGACGCGAAUCACGUGACCAGAACUGCCAAAAGGGGCAAACAUGCCCAAAAAGGGGGCAUGUCUGUCCAAAGAAUUGGAAGGCCAGCCUGGCAUCAGUAUCCCUAUGUAUCACAGUGUCAAUGUCCCCAUGUCACCCAGUCCCUUAGUCUCCCAGUGUCUGUUUCCCUAUUUCUCCCAGUGUCCCCAUGUCUCAGUGUGUCCCGUGUCACUAGGAUACUAAGGGACACCAGUGGCGUCCACAUGACCCAUGGGGCCCCGGUGCUGAGACAGCCACUAGAGGCUUUAGAGGCUGGAUUAACCCUCAGUGUAAACAUAGCAGUUUCUCUGAAACUGCUAUGUUUAUAAAAAAAAAAAAAAAGGGUUAAUCCUAGCUGGACCAGGCACCCAGACCACUUCAUUAAGCUAACGUGGUCUGGGUGCCUAUAGUGGUCAUUUAAAGGACCACUACAGACACCCAGAUCACAUCAGCUCAAUUAAGUGGUCUGGGUGCAGGUCCCUCUAGUUCUAACCCUGCAGCUGAAAACAUAGCUGUUUCAGAGAAACGGCUAUGUUUCACUGAGGGUUAAUCCAGCCUCUGGUGGCUGUCUCAUUGACAGCUGCUAUAGGAGCUUCCACGAUUCUCACUGUGAAAAUCACAGUGAGAAGACACUGAACGUCCAUAGGAAAGCAUUGAGUAAUGCUUUUCUAUGGGCAGUUUAAAUGCGCGCGCACCUUUUGCCGCACAUGUGCAUUCGGAGCUGAGAUACAGAGGGAUCCCCACCGCCAAGGGAGUCUGGCGCUGGAGAAAGGUAAAUGCUGAAGACACACACACACACACUCUCACAAACAGACGCAUACACAUUAGCUAACAGACACACACAUUUACUGACAGACACACACUCAGUGACAGACAAACAUACACACUCACUUACAAAACAUACACUUUCACUGACAAACACACACCCAAUAACAGACAUCAAACAUACUCAGUAACACACUCACUGACACUCACUAGCAGACACACAUCCAAUAACAGACACACUAACACACACACUAACACACACACACACACUAACACACACACACUAACACACACACUAACACACACACACUAACACACACAAACACACACAAACACACACACACACACACUAACACACACACACUAACACACACACACUAACACACACAUACACACAAACACUCUAACACACACACACACAAACACACACACACUAACACACACACACACACACUAACACACACAUACUAACACAAACACAAACACACACACACACACAAACACACACACUAACACACACAAACACACACACACAAACACACACACAAACACAAACACACACACUCUAACACACACACAAACACUAACACACACACUAACACACACACAAACACAUUUUUUUUUAAAUUUAAUCCCCCCAGCCUCCUUACCUUUUGGAGUGCUGGGGGGAUUCCCUGGGGUCCAGUGGUGCGGCUGGGCUCCUGGGCGGCAGGUCACUGGGCGGGCUGGCUGUCUGGGUGGCCGGCGCGCGAGGGAGCACUCUGCUCUGAGUACUUCCUCUUCAGCUCCCUCGCGCACCGCACUGAUACCGGAGCCGGAAGAUGACGUCAUCUUCCGGCUCCGGCAUCCCUACGCGGUGCGCGAGGGAGCUGAAGGGGAAGCACUCAGAGCAGAGUGCUCCCUCGCGCGCUGGCCACCCAGACAGUCAGCCCGCCCACCCGCCUGCCGGGUGUCAGCAGGGCCAGCCUCGGGGGGGCGUGAGGUGGCCGGUUCCUUGGCCCCCCUGGAGAAGAGGCUGGCCCUGUGGGUACAUACCGGGUUGCAGGGGCGGCCGGGCCCCCUGGUGGGCCGGGCCCGGUCACAGCCGCGACCCCUGCGACCCUGGUAUGUACGCCACUAGGGGAUACUAAGACACGAGGACACUGGGAGACAUGGGGGCACUUGUGGAUACAGACAUGGGGACACUAGGAGACAUGGAGACACUGGGAGACAUGGGGACACAGACAUUUGGGGACACUGGGAGAAAUGGGGUCACAGACACUCGGGACACAGAGACAUGGGGACACAGACACUGGGAGACAUGGGGACACAGACAUUUGGGGAAACUAAGACAUUAGGGACACAGAGACAUGGAAACACAGACACUGAGACUGUGACACUAGGGACACUGGCUGAGAGGCAUGGGGACACAGACACUUGGGGACACAUGGGGGCACUAAUGUGGACAUAGACAUGGGGACACAGACAUUUGGGGACACUGGGAGACAUGGGGACACUAGGGACACAGAGACAUGAGGACGCAGACACUGGGAGACAUGGGGACACAGACACUAGGGACACUGGCUGGGAGACAUAAGGACACUGGGAGACAUGGGGACACCAAGACACUGGCUGGGAGACAUGGGGACACAGACAAUUGGGGACACUGGGAGAUAUGGGGACACAGAUACUGGGCGACUAGGGGACACUGGGAGACUAGGGGACACUGAGACACUAGGGACACUGACUGGGAGACAUGGAAACACUGUGUCCCUAGUGUCUCCUUGUCCCAAUGUGUCUACCUAUGUCUUACAGCGUCCCCAUGUGUCUCAGAGUCCCCAUGUUUCCCAGUGUCCCCAAGUGUCUGUGUCCCCAUGUGUCCCCUAGUGUCUCAGUGUCCCCAUGUCUCCCUGCUGCCUUUCUCCCCAUCCUUCACAUACCUGAGCUGUAGCCUGUCUCUGCAGGCUGGGAGCUGCUGUCAGGACUGUCUGUGCUGUGUAGCUGCUCCCCCACGGAUCAGUGAGUAGAGAGAGGCAGGGAGAUGCUGCAACUUCCUAUCCCUGCCUCUCUCCAUACACAGUGACCCCUACUGGCCGGUGCUGGUAUUGCAGAGAAAUCUCCAUUUAUACUGAGAAAAAUAUUUGCAUUUGUAUUGCCGUUAUUACUGCAAUACCGUCACGGCCAGGCAGCCUCAAAUACCGACUGUGCCUUAAAAUACCAGUCAAAACCUAAGAGUAGUGUGUAAAAAAAACAAAAUAUAAUAUAUAUAUUUUUUCAAUGGGCCUAUUCCAUGGGCCUAUUUUUCAAUGGGCCUAUUCCAUGGGCCUGGCUGCAGCUCCAUCAGCCCCUAUGUUAAUCCGACCCUGCUAACACCAUAUAAUGGUACUCACGAUAUUGACCUAAGAAGACUGAAAACUAUGUUGAACUUAUUGGGAAGUCAGCCUGUGCAGUCAAGUCUGAACAUUUACUAGAGCUACUCCACCUGAAACCGUCUUCCUAGUUCCUAGUUUUUUUCAACAAUAAAUUUGCAGUUACUUUUUUUCAUAAUCUGCAAUUUAUUUUAAUUAAAAGAUAUAUUAGUUAUUAAACGUGAAUGUAUGCCUUGAAAUAACUAAGUAAUGAUGAGGAAAGGGCAUUAAGUGCAUAAAGUGAGCUGUAUGACGGAGUUGAGAGGGAAAUCCUUACUUUCCAAAUAAGUACAUCUAAGGUAAAUCUCUAACUUGUAAAUUCCAGUCAAAUUUACAAAUGAUCCCCAAUUUUUGCAAUUUGAACUUGGAACUUGUUGAAUUACUACUCAUUUAGCUAGAAAUGCAAAUGCUAACUAAAGACACAUAAAUUAAAGGGUUUCUUCAACAACAAAAAAAUGUUUUUAAUACACCAUUAUUUUUAGAUGGAUUACGUGUUGAAGGCAUGCCCUGCCCCCACACACACCCAUAAGAGAGGGUUAAAAAAUGAAUAAAGCAAAAGCUUACUUUAGAUUCCAUGCCAGGAUUACAUUUUAUCUGUAGUCAAUCAAUCUCCAGUGACAUCACCCCUCUCACUGGAGAAGGGAGUACACAUUCCAGAGAAUGGCCAAAGAGGUGGACUUGGCUAUGCUAUGUGUGCUGUGAGAAUAGACACCCAAUAUGCACAGAAUUAACAUUUGCCAGCUUGGGAAUCUCCUUCUGGCCUAGCUAAUGACACUGUCAGCAAUGUCCUAUAUUCAUGUUUGUGUCACAUUUUAAACUGAAACACUGCACAUCAAGACUCCAAGCACCAUGAACACUUCAAAACACUGAACUUUGAGUAACUUUUUAAAUGGGCUAAUGGAUCAAAGCCUUUUUUAUAUUUAAUAAUCAUUUAACCUCUUUAGUUUUUUCAUUUUCUACACAUCCAUUUUGAUCACUGAGCGGAAAUGCAUACUUGUACCAGUACACUGUUCAAGAGCAAGUCUGACAUCUAGUGGUUUCACACAAAGCAACACGUCAGUUUUAUGGGAUAUGAAAUGCCGUCUUUUUUGACAAUGAUGUGUUAGCAGAAUGUGGAACCAGUAGGGAAUACUGCAAUAGUUAUAAUUUUUUAUAUAAUUCAAAAGGUUUUGCUUCCUUCAAUAAACACAAACAUUUAUUCAAUAAACAUUUUAAUUUGCAUAUACUUAAUAAAUUUCAGUUUAACUGGCAUAAAUUAAAUUCUUAGAGCAUAUGGUAAUGUUAUCGUAUUGUAUUAUUAUCAUGCCUGAGAGGAUCAUUAAUUCUAGUCUAAUCUUCUUUGCUUAUAUGAGAAUUCUAAUUACAACUUAGACAUUAUAAAUAUUCAAAUUUGUUGGCGUAACGUUAACAACCAGGAAUAUGUAUCAACUGCCUCCCAAUAGAACCUCCCUUCUCCAACAAUACUCUUUCUGACAUCAUUCCAGAAUGGAUUACCUGUAUGCUUUAUUCUUUAAUUCUAUGCAUUCUGAUGACGCAGAGACCAGAAAAUGCACCACAGUUCAACACGUGUAUAAAGCGCCAAUAUAUAAAAUAGCUCUACAAUUUUAGAAAGGGGAUAUUUAGAGGUUAAACAAGCUUACAAUAUAUUAGGUAUGCAGAUAUAUAUUGCUAGGUGUCUUGAUGUUACACCUUCUCCAACUAGCCAUGGAGACCGCGCUAUACUGAGUUUCUGGCAUUCACAGUAUAGAAAUCUAUUCUUUAACCUUUCUUUCUAUACACAGAAAUACAUUUUAACUGCGUUAACUGCUUCCCUAAAAAAGUAAGGAUAAGGUACAGUUGAUUUCAGGAAAUAAGGAAAAAAGGAUUUUUUGUAAUUCUUGACAAUUUGGUAUUUAUUUAGACAUUUAUAGACUCAACAAAGAAGCCAUAUCCAGGUGAGCUGGAAUCAAUUGACAUUCAAAGCCAGCCAGAAGAAGCAAGAAACAAGAUAAAUACAUCAAUAAAAGAGCUCACUGAUGGUAAGUGUGAGAAUAUAGUAUUUGCACUUUUGCUGUUGCAGUACUACAAACUAUAUAAAGCCAAAAUAUUAUCUGCAUGAAAAAAAAAGUAAAAAAAUAAAUAUAAGUGAAUAAAUAUAUAAACAAGACAUCAGCAUAGAAAUGUAUGCAUACUAUAGUACAUUUUCAAGAAUACUAAACAAAAUUAAAGAGAAGUUUACAUUAAAGUUGAGUUGACGCAGUGGUACCUGUGAACGAGUAAAAAAGUACUACGUCCCCACUAAGUCUUCCCUCUGCUCGUGGUUUCUCUAACGACAUUGUGCUUAUUUUAUCACUUUUGGGCCUCAUCCGGAUGUAAAUUAUUACUACAUAAAAGAGGUACAAUGUUAUACAGUACAUUUAAACAAAUUAUUUAUCUUAACUGAAUUAAAUACAUUGAAAGACUUGGUUAUUGGACAUUUUAAAGAGCAGAACACAUUUUAUUUAGUAUUUUAGAAUUGUUUUUAACAAGUAUUUAACAUUUUGUUUUCUGUAGGAAAAUUUGAGAACAUUUUGAAUGAAGGGACAUGUGAUGAGAACUCUAAAAUCCUAAUGAUUGGAGCUGCCUAUUUCAAAGGAAACUGGCUGUAUAAAUUUAAUGAAUCCGAAACUAAAGAAGUGGAUUUUCAUAUUAGCAAGGUAUUUCAAAUAUGAUACCUCGCCAUGACUAAACAACUUUGUUUAAUCUCCUUUUCAGUCAUGUGUUCAUGUCAUUUCAGGAUAUUGCUAUAAACAAAUGAUACACUUUAUGACCAAUCUAAAAUACAUGUGCAUAUUGAAAGAAUUCCCCAGUGAUGCAGUUCACAUAUAGUAUUUCCUCCUCUCAGUGUCCUCAGUAAUGCUGAUAGCUAAUUAGUUCAACUGAGGAAAUAUCAAGUUCUUAGUGGAAGUUAAUUAUCACAUACUCUGAACAGCAUUAUAUUCAUUUUUGUUUUAUCAGAGCUCCCAAAUUACAAAUAAGUGAUUGCAGUAAAAUUUACAGUAAAAUUUACAAUAAAACAUCUAGAUAAAUAAUACUGGGGAUAUUGGACAGUUUGUUAUUGUGGUAGAUCAAUUUGCUGACAACAAAAUCACACAAAAAUUAAAAAAUGGAAAUCAAAUUUUUCAACCCAUGGAGGUCUGGAUUUGGAGUCACACUCAAAAUUAAAGUGGAAAACACACUACAGACUGAUCCAACUUUGAUGUAAUGUCCUUAAAACAAGUCAAAAUGAGGCUCAGUAGUGUGUGGCCUCCACGUGCCUGUAUGACCUCCCUACAACGCCUGUGCAUGCUCCUGAUGAGGUGGCGGAUGGUCUCCUGAGGGAUCUCCUCCCAGACCUGGACUAAAGUAUCUGCCAAAGCCUGGACAAUCUGUGGUGCAACGGGACAUUGGUGGAUGGAGCGAGACAUGAUGUCCCAGAUGUGCUCAGUUGGAUUCAGGUCUGGGGAACGGGUGGGCCAGUGCAUAGCAUCAAUGCCUUCGCCUUGCAGGAACUGCUGACACACUCCAGCCACAUGAGGUCUAGUAUUGUCUUGCAUUAGGAGGAACCCAGGGCCAACGGUACCAGCAUAUGGUCUCACAAGGGGUCUGAGGAUCUCAUCUCGGUACCUCUGGCGAGCACAUGGAGGGCUGUGCGGCCCCCCAAAGAAAUGCCACCCCACACCAUUACUGACCCACUGCCAAACCAGUCAUGCUGGAGGAUGUUGCAGGAAGCAGAACGUUCUCCACAGCGUCUCCAGACUGUCACGUCUGUCACAUGUGCUCAGUGUGAACCUGCUUUCAUCUGUGAAGAGCACAGGGCGCUAGUGGCGAAUUUGCAAAUCUUGGUGUUCUCUGGCAAAUGCCAAACGUCCUGCACGGUGUUGGUCUGUAAGCACAACCCCCACCUGUGGACGUCGGGCCCUCAUACCACCCUCAUGGAGUCUGUUUAUGACCGUUUGAGCAGACACAUGCACAUUUGUGGCCUGCUGGAGGUCAUUUUGCAGGUCUCUGGCAGUGCUCCUCCUGUUCCUCCUUGCACAAAGGCGGAGGUAGCAGUCCUGCUGUUGGGUUGUUGCCCUCCUACAUGCCUCCUGAUGUACUGUCCUGUCUCCUGGUAGUGCCUCCAUGCUCUGGAUACUACGCUGACAGACACAGCAAACCUUCUUGCCACAGCUCGCAUUGAUGUGCCAUCCUGGAUGAGCUGCACUAUCUGAGCCACUUGUGUGGGUUGUAGACUCUGUCUCAUGCUACCACUAGAGUAAAAGCACCGCCAGCGUUCAGAAGUGACCAAAACAUCAGCCAGGAAGCAUAGGAACUGAGAAGUGGUCUGUGGUCACCACCUGCAGAACCACUCCUUUAUUGGGGGUGUCUUGCUAAUUGCCUUUAAUUUCCACAAGUUGUCUAUCCCAUUUGCACAGCAGCAUGUGAAAUUGAUUGUCACUUAGUGUUGUUUCCUAAGUGGACAGUUUGAUUUCACAGAAGUGUGAUUGACUUGGAGUUACAUUGUAUUGUUUAAGUGUUCACUUUAUUUUUUUGAGCAGUGUACAUUGAUAGGAGAGUUUUACUGCCAUUUGGUUCAAAGAUCAAGUGAUCCAAGUGACUAAAUAUAUUUAUAUAUAAAUAUAGAUUAUUUUCAUUGAUCCUUUUUUUCUCCUCUAUUGCUCACUUCUCACAUGAUCUGUGAAUAAAAGCAAAAUUUUGUGACUUUCCUAUAGUCAUAAUUCAUCUUUUUUUCCCAUUAUUAAUCUCUUUAUUUGUUGCUAUGGGCAGAAUUACAAUCCCAAUUCAAAAAUCAAAGUGGUUAGUUUAGUUUGGGAUUCGGGUAAAUUUCUGCUCAGAUUUGGAAAUUCAACCAAUCACCAACCGUCCUUAUUUUGUACUGAAACAAAUCUCAAAGUCUAUUUUCUAAUUUUAAGUAUGUCAAAAAACAGAAGGCUAUACGGGUACUAUAGCAGUUCAUGACCUGACAGCUUAUUGCGAUUUAACAAUAUAUUUCUGUAAAAAAAAAUAAUUUUCUUUUUCCGUUCUCAUGCUCUGUUUUAAUCCCAAAUUCUAUUUAUAUUUUUUCUGAUUUAACAUUCCUGCUCCUUUUUCUAUCAUUGACUGUUUAGGAAAAAACAGAUGGUGUUUUCGUGGGAAACAAAAUUACAUUAUAUUUACAAAAGAAUCAGAAAUAAAUAUAUAUCUACACACUUGCAUAAAGCUUCUCUUGAGCUUGAUGCAUUCUCGGUGGGUGGAUGCUCCAUUGGGACGUCUUGGGAAGGCAGACAAUUUCAUUUUUGACUGCUGAUUAUUAAUUUGUAAAAUGAGGAAAUCCAUAUUCAUUUUGCUCAAUUUUGUAACUGAUAUUUUGUCUGGGUUAUGGCUUAAGCUUUAUGUCAGAUAAUUUAGAUGAUCUAAAUACAAUAUAUACCCUGUGCUAGAUCAAGUGGGGCAAGGCAUGGGGCAAUAGUUAUUGGACACAAGAACCAAUUUUCAUUACUCCUAUUAUGAAAUUACUCCCACCUACUAUAACAUCCAAAUCCAGUACCAGCACAUUAUUUAGUCUACCUCAAUACAAAAAGAAAGCAGCCCGAUCCCCCUUCUCCUACAGAGCGUCGCAAUUGUGGAACGACCUCCCGCACACUUUGAAAUCUUCCCUAAGCCUAAAGACCUUUAAGAGAUCCCUCUCUACAUACCUCAAACAGAAUGCACGUGUCAUGGUUGAUUAUAUAUUUCCUACCUAUUCUAUGUUACAUUUUGUAUAUAUUGUGUAUUAAUAUGGUUUUUGUAUUUUAUUGUACCCCAAUGUAACAAUGCAAUGAUUUGUGGACCCAGGACAUACUUGAAAAUGAGAGAAAUUUCAAUGUAUCUUUCCUGGUAAAAUAUUUUAUAAAUAAAUAAAUGUAAACAAAUUGUCUUGUUAUACUAGAAGUUAAAAGUAAAUUUAUAAGGAAGGAUAUGUUGAAAUAUGUAAACAGUUUAUACAUGUGUAGAAUUUUAUUACAAGUAAUUUAAAACUCAGAUCCUUACCCUGAUCUAAUUAAUAUGCAAAGCAUUUUUUCUAAACUGUCCACUUCUCCUAUUCAAGGUGUUAUAAAGUCAAACACUUUCCAUUGUUAGAACACUAUUGAGCACGUAAGCAUCCAUCAAUGACUACAUUUCAAACAAUUGAAUACUGUUGGACAAUCUUCUCUUAUUAAAUACAUUUCAGGUUUCCCAAAUCUGUCACACUAGCCAACUUCAUACACUAACCCUUGUAUGAACCUCAGUCCAUGUUAUAUGAAGAUGUUUUCCAUUUAAGAUUGUAUUAUUACAUUUUACUUUUGUUUUAUUCAGACUGAAACUAAACCUGUGCAAAUGAUGCAUCUAGAAGCCCGACUAAGCAUUGGAUAUGUAAAUGAUUUAAAAACUAUGAUCUUAGAUAUCCCUUUUACAGCAAAACAUGUAAGUCUCCUCAUUCUACUACCAAAGAAUAUUGAAGAUGAUUCCACUGGUCUGGAGAAGGUAAGAUAAUUUUCUAAAUAUGAUCAAUAUAUACAAACUUGUUAAUAAGAAGGAAAUUGCUCAUCAGACAUCGCUCAGUUGUGUCAUCUUUGAUAAUCACUUACCUACUUCCGAGUAUCACUAAGUGAAAACUACUAAACAGAAGGGAUUGUGCUCAACAUAUAAUAAUAAUGUUAUUUAUCAUAACACUGUGUUUCCCCACGUAGCUUCAACAUUAUGUAGCCAAACAAAUUUUUAAAAAAGUCGAACAAAGAAUAGUGCAGAUAUAUAGAUAGAUGUUAAAGACUAUAUAUCUACUUAUGAAAGUUUAAAGCCCAAACUCCACUCUAUAAAAUAAGUUCCCUAAGAACCUGCAGUAUACUUGUAACAUUUUACAGUUAAAGGAACACUUCAGGCAUUCACACCAUUUCAUCUCAAUGAAGUGGUCUGGGUGUCAUGUGUCACCUGUUUUCACCCUGCACCUGAAAACAUUGAUAUUCUGCAGGAACAACAAUGUUUUCCUUGCAGGUUAACUGGUCUGUAGUGGAUGUCAGUUAUGGAAACAAGGUAAGUUAACGUUUAAGGUGUUAAACUUUUAACCCUAAUGCAGAGGGGAGGGGGCCCCGGUCCCUUUAAUGGUGACUAGGGCACUGUAGCGUUAAAACUACACAUUUCUAUUUGUACCACAGCCCUGAAAAAAGAAUACAAACCCUAUAACACAUUGCUCCAGCAUAAUGUGCAGAUAAAAAGCACUUGUAGGAUUUCAAAAUGAACAGAGAGACUGCUUUAUUGCAGGGGAUAGAGACAGUAAAUGGGGGGAUAUGUGCAGUAUUGUGGGGGAUGUAAAGGCCGUAUUGUGUGGAAGUGGGGCUUAGAGAGACAAACACACACUUUGUUUUAUUGUUUAAAAUCCACCCAGUCUCCAUAACUUUAGGAGAACUGGAGUGGAUUCACAGCCAGAGGUCCAGUGGGCUGCCGCAGCGCUCCUCUGAGGGAACUCCCAUCCAUUCCAGCACUGCCUGUACAGCUCCCUUGUGCACUCUGUUGUCAGGGCUGGCACCCGUUCAUAGACCGCGGUGGGGCCAUGGCUCCAGGUGGUACACUGGCAGGGGCAGCAUUUUGCCUCCUUUCUCAUUUUCUAAAACAGGAGUUCCCAACCUGUGGUGGUGGUGCAGCUGCACUGCAUGGAUUGGAAACCUGUGUGAGGGUCCAUUGGGUGGAGCUUUAACAGUGUGACCAGACCCCUUCCUUACUACAGGAGAGCUGGGAGGAAGUGACAGCCUGCCACUUCCUCUUAGCUUACACAGAGCCAGCCACAUGGGAGGAAAAGGAGGGAGCUGUGAGGAUGGGGCCAGAUCAGGCCCCCAACUCCCACCAGCCACAUCUAGCAGAAGGUAAGAAACUGGAGGUUGGCUUAAUUUUUUAAUGUGUGGAUCUGUGUGUGUAGUGUGUGUGUAUCUGUGUUUAUGUGUGUGUGUGUGUGUGUGUGUUUAUCUGUUUGUAUCAGUGUCUGUGUAGUGUGUCUGUGUAAGUGUAUAUCUCUGUGUGUGUAGUGUGUGUAUGAGUGUCUGUAUGUGUGUGUGUGUAGCACAUAUGUGUGUGUAGUGUGUAUCCGUGUAUCUGUAUGUGUCAGUGUGUAUGUCUGUAGCUGUAUGUCUGUAUAUCUGCAUGUGUGGCAGUGUUUGUAUCUGCAUGUGUCAGUGUGCGUAUCCAGUGGCAUACAUCCCUAUGCGGCGCGCGAGGGAGCUGAAGAGGAAGCACUCAGGGGAGAGUGCUCCCUCACGCGCCGGCCACCCAGACAGCCAGCCCGCCGGGGUCAGCAGGGCCAGCCUCGGGGGGCCCUGAGGUGGCCGCCUCCUGCGCCGCCCAGGAGAAGAGGCUGGCCCUGUGGGUACAUAUUUUCGCACCGGGGCCCCAUGGGUCAUGUGUACGCCACUGUUCGUAUCUGUAGGUCUGUCUGUAUCUGCAUGCGUAUCAGUGUGUCAGUGUGUGUCUGUGGCAGUGUUUGAUACACAUGCAGUUGAAGAAAUACAGUAAACGUGGGAUUCAGCUGAUGAAUCUAAAAUAAAACAUAGCAUAAUACAUUUUAUGGAAAUAUAAUAUUCCCUGCUAUAGAUUGCACUCACAGGAUGUUGAAGUUAUAUGCGCUCUAUUGGUGCCUCACCCAAUGUUUUGGGGGCUAAUAUCUCCCUCUUAGGAUCCGGUAUCACCCAAUAUCAGGAACCAUGCAGGACUCCAACAUGUAGAAAAAGAGAUUUAUUGAUUUAAAAAAGAAUAAAAGAGGAUUGGUGGCCCAGGCCACCCACAGUCCAGUCCCACUGAAGGUAUGGCUACCACACAGAUUACACACUUCCUUGAAGUCAUACCAAUUAAUACCAUGUAACUGUGAUAGUGAUCAGCUGACACUCUCAGCCAAUCACCACUGCCCCUUAUUAGUUAGGCUAAUAACUUUGUACAUUGUAUAUUGUGUUGUAUUUAUAUCUUGUCUGUUAUGCUAAAGUGUAGUUUUGCUAGCCCUGUAUGUAAUUGUUUUAUUCACCUAUAUGCAUUCCUCUAUUUCGCCUCGGAUUUGUGACUGACCUCUGACCCCUCCCUUCUCUUAUUGAUAUGUUUGCUUUUAUUUCAAUAUCCAUCUAUUUAUCUCUGUACCUAGAUACAUAUCCCCCUCCCUUACCUUUAUUGCAAGCUCUCUGACACUCACAUCUCUUUAUUCAACAGCCUGAUUCCCCAACUUUGCAAGCCCAUUACUGCUGUGAGCAAGCCUGAUGCCCACCUUCCCCUCCCCACACCAUCCCACUCCAUGCUCAUUAUUACAUUUAUAGAUUGUCUGUCACACCCACAUUUUAGUUAGGUAAAAAAAAACAAAAAAACUGCCUCUUAUUAUUAUACUCCUGCACUUUCUUAACCCAUGAAACAUAAUAUUUUUCCUACCUUCACCUGCUCGAUAUUCCAAUUAUUUCCAAUUUAUAUUUUUCACAGUUUAGCAAUGAUCUGUUUUCUCCUCCUCUUUAUUUUCCUCAGUCUCCCUCAGUAUAAAAAUCUCUCCUUACACCCACUUCACUCAUCCCCCCAUCCACAUUUACAUAUGCCCCUCUCUGCUACACUCCCCCCUUCUCUCAUCUCAUGCCUUACACUAAUUUUUCUACUCUCUCACUCCAACCCACAAUCAAUCUCAUCCUAGACCCCUUGCAUACAAAACCCAUUCACACCUCCUGUCACUUCCUCUCCUCCUGCUUCUAGCAGCUGGUGAUGUCUCUCCCAAUCCAGGGCCCUUCACCUUCUCUACACACACUAAGACAACCAGAAACCCCACAAACCUCAUCACAAUACACUGCCCUUUACCCUCACUUACCAAAAUUCAAUGUGCACUCUGGAAUGCCCGCUCCAUCUGCAGUAAUUUAAAAUCAACAACCAUACACUACUUUUUCAUCUCAAACUCACUCACACUGCCUGCACUUACAGAGACCUGGCUGUCUCCCUCUGAUAGCGCUACUCCUGCCUCUUUAUGUUUUGGUGGGCUACAAUUCUCUCACACUCCCAGACUCAACUGUAAAGGAGGCGGCGUAGGCAUCCUUCUCUCCCCUCAAUGUACCUUUCAACCAAUCAUAACUCCCCCUGCCCUAUUCUUUUCUUCUUUUGCAGUUCACACUGUCCGCCUAUUUAAACCCACUCCUUUAAGAAUUGCUAUCAUCCACUGCCCCCCCGGUUAUCCUAGACUAUUCAUUGAGCACUUUUCUUCCUGGCUUCCCCACUUCCUCUCAUCUAGCACUCCUUCCCUUAUACUUGGGGAUUUCAAUAUCCUAAUCAACAACCCCAAUUGCACUGAUGCCUCUUGUCUGCUCUCUGUAACCUCCUCCUUUGGCCUUAUGCAAUGGUCCAACUUAGCAACCCAUACAGCGGGAAUCACUUUUGAUCUCGCCUUCACCAACCUCUGUACUGCCUCUAAUCUCUCCAAUAUUCCUUUUCCUCCAUCUGACCACCAAUUGCUGACUUUUAUAGACAGAGUGAUAAACCUCGCCCUAUAAAGUGAAUAUACAGUGCUGAUAGUGCAAAUGACAGAGGUAUAUAUACUUAUCUGACAUCUGUGACUUCAAAGUAUCUUGAAAAAAACAGAAAAGAGAUACAUAUUGCACUAUUUGUAUAUAUCUUUUCUGUUUUUUUCAAGAUACUUUGAAGUCACAGAUGUCAUCAGAUAUAUAAGUAUAUAUACCUCUGUCAUUUGCACUGUAUAUUCACUUUAUAGGGCGCGGUUUAUCACUCUGUCUACCUAUAUUUGUUCUCUUUGUGAGACUUCCCAAAAAUCUCACAGAUUCUCUGCUGCCCAUCCCUUUUUUGCACUGUGUAGUGAGCGCUUAUUUCCUGUUGUAUCCAUUUGCUGACGUUUGACAUUGGCAUACCUAAGACCCAAUUGACACCACCGUCUGAACAUCACUCUCACAGAAACCUCCAAUGUCUUGACCUAGAGCAUUUCUCCACUAAUCUCCAAACUCUCCUUUUACCUAUCUCAAACCUCACCUGUCCUAGUUCUGCAGCCUCCUUCUACAAUUCCACCCUCUCCUCUCAAUUAGACAUCAUGGAACUUUGUACAUUUAAACGCUGCAGGCACCCCCAACAACAACCCUGGCACACCAAGCUCACUCGAUACCUCCAAAAAUGCUCCAGAACUGCUAAACGUUGUUGGAGAAAGUCUCAAUGUGCAUCUGAUUUUCUCCACUAUAAAUUUAUGCUGCGCUCAUACAGCUUGGCUCUUUCCUCUGUAAAAGUUAAUUACUUCAAUACCCUCAUAACCACACUCUCCCACAAACCUAAACGAUUAUUUCACACAUUUAACUCUCUUCUUCGCCCUGCUGUUCCUCCUCCACCUACUAACUUGACCGCCUCAGACUUUGCAACUCACUUCACUGACAAGAUCUCCACAAUCAGAGAAAAGAUUUCUCAUCUUUCUUCUUCCCCUUACAAUACUUCCCCUAAACUCACUCCCUCUGCUGUUCUAUGUUUAUUCGCACCCGCUACAUUGGAAGAGGUUUCUGCUCUGCUCCAGUCCUCCUGCCCCACCACCUGCUCCCUAGAUCCAAUUUCCUCGCAUCUCAUCUGUAUUCUGUCUACUUCUCUUUCUCCACCUCUCACUAAAAUUCUCAAUCUCUCUCUCCCCUCUGGUAUAUUUCCAUUGCCCUUCAAACAUGCAACUGUAACCCCAAUUCUAAAGAAGCCCAAACUUGACCCUAACUCCCCAUCCAACUAUCGUCCUAUUUCGCUACUGCCUUUUGCAUCCAAGAUCCUUGAAAGAAUUGUGUAUGUGAGAUUGACAGACUUCCUCGAGUCCAACUCUCUGCUAGACCCGCUUCAGUCUGGUUUCCACGCUAAGCACUCUGUGGAAACGGCACUGACCAAAGUAUCCAAUGAUCUACUUUCUGCAAAAUCUGGUGGUCACUACUCUAUCCUAAUUCUCCUUGACCUGUCUGCGUUUUUUGACACUGUUGAUCAUCAACAGCUUCUACUCAUCCUCCACAAUAUCGGUCUACAAGAUAUUGCUCUCUCCUACCUCUCCCAGCGCUCUGUCAGUGUUUCUUUCUCUGGCUCUGCUUCUUCUCCCCAACUCUUCUCUGUUGGUGUCCCCCAAGGUUCAGUCCUUGGUCCCCUACUGUUCUCCAUCUAUACUGCCUCCCUUGGUAAACUCAUUAGCUCCUUCCAAUAUCAUUUCUAUGCAGAUGACACGCAAAUCUACCUGUCCUCUCCUGAUCUCUCCCCGUCCCUCUUGACUAGUGUCUCUCACUGCCUCUCUGCUAUUUCUAACUGGAUGGCUGUCCACUUCCUUAAACUAAACUUGACCAAAACUGAAAUUCUGGUCUUUCCUCCCUCAAGUGUUGUUACUCCUGUGUCUGCCUCCUUCCAAGUCAACGGUGCUACCAUCAGCUCCACCACGCAGGCUCGCUGCCUAGGUGUUCACUUUGACUCCGACCUCUCCUUCAAGCCUCAUGUUCAGUCUAUCGCCAUAUCCUGUCAUUUCCAUCUCAAAAACAAUGCGCACAUCUGCCCCUACUUAACGCCAGACUAAGGUGUUGGUCCAUUCCACUGUCCUUUCUCACAUUGACUACUGUAAUCCACUUCUCAGUGGUCUUACGUGCUCCCAACUUACGCCAUUACAGUCCAUAAUGAAUGCGGCAGCGAGGCUCAUCUUCCUGUUUGCCCGCACCUCCCAUGCCUCACCCUUCUGUCAGUCCCUACAUUGGCUUCCUAUAAAAUAUAGAGUUCAAUUUAAAAUUCUGGUUCUUGCUUUCAAAUCACUACAUAAUGCUGCUCCCACCUAUCUAUCCUCCCUUAUACACAAGUAGGUCCUGACGAUAUGCUGAAGACUUACGUCUAUCUUCUGACCGUACUCCUACCUCUGAUGCUCGCCUUCAAGAUUUCUCGAGGGCUGCACCGUUCCUGUGGAACUCACUUGCCUCCUCCAUUAGAUGCUCACCCAUUCUCCACUCCUUCAAAAAAUUGUUAAAAACCCACUUCUUCAUAAAAGCGUAUCAAAUAAACUGUUAAUAGCUCCCGACUGAUUCCUCUUCUGCAACUGUCACUAGUCUAAUACUAUCCUUACCUUUUUGUGUCAUUUUACCCCACUCCCUCUAGCAUGUAAGCUCAUUGAGCAGGGCCCUCAACCCCUCUGUUCCUGUGUGUCCAACUUGUCUGGUUACAACUACAUGUCUGUUCGUCCACCCAUUGUAGAGCACUGUGGAAUUUGAUGGCGCUAUAUAAAUCACAUAAUAAUAAUAAUAAUGCUUCCUCAUUAGCUCAAAAACACAGAGGGGAUGGGCUGCUGGAAACUCUUGUUUCACAUUAAAAAAGGUUUAAUAAUAUUGACUGAAGGGACUGCACCAAGAGACUUCAAACACUGUAACCCCUUCAAUGAGAUGAAUCAGUUGUCCCUUCAAUAAAAGUUCAGUAAUGUGACUACAAUAUUAACUGUAUUUUGUUGCAAAUAACUUAAUAUAUGUGCAAAUACUAUAACUAUAAUAGUAUGUAUAUUGCAGGACCACUCUGAGAAUCAUAAUGAAGUUGUGAUGGUGGAAAGAGGUCCCAUAGCGAUCAUUAGGGGUUUAAGCUGUUAAUGAAAGGUUUAACUCCAAACUUUAGAGGGCGGCACCUGAUCGCUAAGCCUAGCUAAUUAAAUUGUUGGUCUAAAGCUUGUUUGGAGCUCAGGUAAAACAGAAGGGUAGGUGUAGCACCUAAGAUGUCCUUAGCGGUAUACCAAAUGACAAAGAAAGGAAACUAAUAGUGUAAUACGUAAAAUAUGGUGAAGUAAAAAAGAUAAAAUUUAUACACUCAACCUUUUUAGGAGCUUAAAUUCAGCUCCAAAUUGAACACGUAGUUGGAAUAAUCCGCACCUACGGAUAUAAUGAAGUGCAGGUUGUGCACGCAGUCCUCAUAAUGUUGGAUUUCCUCAUAGAUAUGAGGAAAAAAAAUUACAGUAUAUAGUGCAGUAUGUCAAACCAAAUAGCAGCAAUAAGUCAGCAUAAAAAUGUGCACUCACAUAUUAUGGAGCCUGAAUAGUGGCUUCACAUGUAUAGCAUGAAGUGGUGUAAUUUCCACACUAGGAUAUAGGUGAGGGUGGCUCUGUAUGUAUAUAAAUGAGAAAUUAAAACUACCAUAGUGUACACCGUAAAAGUGGAGGCAGACGAUAAAAUAAGUAGAAACUAAGUCACAUGUGGUAGAACAAAGUAAGUUUGCUCAAUCCAAUAGGCACAGGUUGUAUCUUAUUUCCACCAAUGAUAUGGUGUUCAGGAAUCCAGCAGCAAACCAUAGUGUCCAAAAAAAAAGUACUUUUAUUUAUAAAAACAACAAAACAUUAAGAAUAAAACUGUAGGAAACAAAAUCAAACAAUAUUAGGAUACAUUUAACGUGUUUCACCAUUAACUGGCUUCAUCAAAAGUAUUUACAGAAUAAAAGGACCUGGGCUGUUUAAAAAGGAAUACAAAAUUUAAAAUCAACGGUCUUGUGGCGUCAAAGGUCACAUUACCGAAAUUAAUUAACAAAAACUUAUUUCAAAUAAUAAAAAAAAUCAUAUAGGUGCUCAAAAUAAGUAUAGACAGAGUAGAUGGGAAUGAUUUUAAUGUAAAACGAGCAUUUUUUGAUGGUUAAAUUAUUUUAAAAGGCACAGGUAAAAUCCAAGAUGGUACAGCGGACCGCGUCACAUGAUCAGUGCGGCCACAGCGCCAAAUGAAACAGAAAUGGAGUAUAAUAUAUAGGGAGCUAGAUGGGGUAGCUUACACACCAAGUGUAGUUUAGAAACGAAGCCCCAGAAAUAGAGCAGAGCCUGUGCAAGAAAGGAACGGCUCAAACAAAAUUGCAAAAGUGUUUUGAAACUAAAACAUGUCGGGUGCAAGGCUUGAGUACUGAUAGUCUGUGGGACCAAAAUAAGAAAGAUAUACUAAAUGGCAAAUGCAUGUGAAUGGAAGUAUAAGGAAUAGGAAAGGUGAACGCAACGCAAAAGGUGAACGCAAUAAAAUAAGAUAAGAUAAUGACACAGUUAAUAAUUGCAACUUAAUUGUACAAUUAAAAAUAUGAUUGUACAAUUAAAAGUUUAAUAGGAGCCUAGAUGAACCACAGAUAUAAUAUUAUAUAAAGGACUAUAGAUACAUUUAGACACAUAAAUCAAAUAUGUAUAGGCAAUUGUAAAUGUCAAAAUGCAGGCUAAUUGUACAACCAAAAAUAUUAUAUUAAUGACUAAAACAGAUAACUUUAUUAAAAAAUUAAAAAAUAAUAAAAUUCACUGAGAUAGGAAGAUGAAACUAUAUAAAAUGGAUAUGUAUAUAAAAAAUGAUUUACAUGAUAUUCUACAAAAAAUUAUAUAUAUAUAAAAAAAAAUUAUAUAAAUCAAAAUUUGCAUUAAGACCAGUAUUAAAGUUUUAAGCCUGUGGCUGCUCACUGUUAAAAAAAAAAAAAGCUACUCCCUCCCGAGCUUUUAAACUAAAGGGGGUACAAAAUGUCCUCCCCCUGGCUCCCACCUCUGAGUGGUGGGUGGGGGCCCUACAGUAAAAUUAGGGGGGGACCUAAUGUCCUCCCUCCUGGCCCCCACCCCUGAGCGGCAGGUGGGGGCCCUAAAUACUAAUAAGAGGGGGGAACCUAAUGUCCUCCCCCUGGCCCCCACCCCUGAGUGGUGGGUGGGGGCCCUAAAUCAGAAUAAGGGGGGGGAUCUAAUGUCCUCCCCCUGGCCCCCACCCCUGAGCGGUGGGUGGGGGACCUAAAUACUAAUGGGGGGGAACCUAAUGUCCUCCCCCCGGUCCCCACCCCUGAGCAGUGGGGGGAGGCCCUAAAUACUAAUAAGGGGGGGACCUAAUGUCCUCCCUCCUGGCCCCCACCCCUGAGUGGCAGGUGGGGGCCCUAAAUACUAAUAAGAGGGGGGAACCUAAUGUCCUCCCCCUGGCCCCCACCCCUGAGUGGCUGGCGGGGGCCUUAAAAAAAUGUUAACCCCCCCAGGUGUCUAGGGGUCCCCAAACCUCUAGUCACCCACUCCCCCCAAAAAAAAUUAACCCCCUACCUACCUCCCUCACCCUAUAAAGAAUGAGGGGGGGACCUUUAACUAAGUACCUAAGUAAAAAAAAAUAAUAAAACUUACCAUUCAAUGUUUUCUUUCUUCUAAAAUCUUAUUUUUUCAGCCCCAAAAAAGGCCAAAUAAAAAACCAUAAUAACCGGCGCACCACAGAUAUAAUAUUAUAUAAAGGACUAUAGGGGGGGCGUGGCUAGCGGCCGAGGAGAACGGUCGCAUGGUGUGAGAGCUCCCGGCCGUAAUAGCCCUCACAGCUUGAUAUCUCGCAGCUACAUGCCCUAAAAUCUGGCCAAAUACGUACCAACACCAGCAGCCUGCAGCAAUGGCCCCUGCUAAGCAGACGAAGCUCACAGACCCGGUCCGCCAACAAAAAAGGGACAAAACGCGGCCUACACAAGAUGGCGGCGACGGACUAGCAUUGUCACAGCCCACAGACUCCCCCCUGGAGCCAGACAAUGAGGUAAGCCUCUACACCGAUGCCCCGGUCACGGAGAGGAAGCUCUUUCUUAUGCUGCAAGAAUUUAGAUUAACUCUGCAAAGGGACCUCAGGCAGGCAACUAAUGAUAUAAAAAAAGAAAUAUCAGAACUGGGGGAGCGGACAAACAACUUGGAGGCUAGACAAGAGGAGCUCUGCUCAGCACAUGACAUGCUGGCAGAAACUGUACAGAAUUUAAGCGAAGAACAUAUGGCUUUAAAAAAGAAGAUGGCCGACAUGGAAGACCGCUCGAGGCGGAACAAUAUCAGGUUCCGAGGGAUCCCGGAAUCUGUGGCAAAUGACGGUAUUGCUGCAUACAUAUUGACACUGUGCAAAACACUGGCGCCGACAAUACCGCAACAGGAGUGGAUCAUGGACCGAGCACACCGGCUACCAAGACCUCAAAGGCUUGCGCAAGAUACACCACGCGACAUAGUGGUGAGAUUCCACUUCUUUAAAACUAAAGACGCGGUACUCACAGCGGCAAGAAAAACACUGACAUUGCCGGCGCCAUAUGACAAAGUUCAACUAUUUGCAGAUCUGUCAGCAAUGACCAUGAGCAGGAGGCGGGAGUUCAUAACAGUCACAAAGACAUUAAGGAACAACAGCAUUCAAUACCGCUGGGGGUACCCAACCAAGAUUAUCGUUUGGAAAAAUGGAAGGACAUACACAGCGAACGAACCGGAGGUGGGCAUGCGAUUACUGAAGGAAUGGGGGCUAUUUCCAGUGAGGUCUCCGGACGGAGCAACAGUGGAAUCACCGAAACGCCCGCAAAGAGAGUGGCAGAUGGCGGGAUCGCCCUCCUAAAUCUGACGACUUACAGGUCCCUCUCAACAAGGACUAUUGUAAGAUAAACAGUGACUGUCACGCUUACCAUUUGCUAAAGAUUGAACGGUUGUGAGUAUAAUUUAAUGUGUAAACAGAUAUGGGGACAUGACACCACAAUCUUACCAUAAUACUCCAGCUACCGGAGAGACAUACACAAGUACCCUAAAGGAUAGGCUGAAAGAGGGUAGAAGUACAAGGGGGGAAGGGUUUCGUAACCCCCAGAAAUGUCUUAAUUUAGCAAUAUUAAAAAGUUGAAAGCAAGUAAAACAUAACUAUCCACUUCUGGGCAGGGGAAACUGGUUGUUUACUUAAUUAAUACACCCAUUAAUUACAAUGGACAGGGCGGAAACUAACACCGAUGGGGGCCGGGGGCGACAUGCUGUCACUACCAGACCAUCCCCUAGGUUUGCGCGCAGAGACGGGACAGAACACCCGACUUGCGCCUAAACCAGGAAGAGCGCUAACAAAUAUAAUGGCGCUAUGUAUAUACUUGUUUUUGUUACAGACACGUGGUUUUGUUAUUCCCGUUUUAUCCCGACCCUUUCCCCCCUGGACAGCCCCAACACCAUUUGCUAUGCAUUAUUACCCGUACACGCACGAACUGCACAAGCAGCCUAACAAAAGACCGUAUGGCUGACGAACUAAAAAUCCUAACAUUAAAUGUGAAAGGCCUCAACAGCCCCCAUAAACGCAGACUGGCAGCAGUGGAAAUGAAUAAAUCUAAAGCAGCAAUAGUGUGCUUGCAGGAGACGCACUUCUGCAUCCGCAAUACCCCGAGGUUUAACGUCAAACAAUACGCCCAAGGCUAUCACGCCCUAUCACCGACUAAAUCCAGGGGGGUGGCCGUGUACUUCCAUAGAGACUGGGUAUUUUCACUCUCCGAACAAUAUGCUAGGCGGGAUGGGAGGCUGCUGGUUCUGGUGGGUUCCCUGAACGGACUACAAAUAACAAUAGUCUCACUGUAUGCCCCAAAUGAAGCGCAGAAACGCUUUCUAAACAGGGCGUUCCGCACAAUUGCACAAUACAAACAAGGUCACACCAUCAUAUGCGGGGACUUUAAUUGCUCCCCUGACCCAGCCCUAGAUAUCAGCAGAGUGAAUAAUGAACCACCAAAGCCAGCUUCUUUGGCCUUAGGCCAACAUCUCAGUACCCUUAUGCAUGAGCACGAUUACUAUGAUACGUGGAGGAAUCUGUAUCCAUGUGAGAAGGACUACACGUUUUAUUCGCCUCUACAUAUGACCUACACUAGAAUAGACUUAUGCCUCCUAGACACAAAAACGCUACCCUUUGCAAUGAGAGUACAAAUAGGUUCAAUCACGUGGUCUGACCACGCUCCACAAAUUAUAACUAUAAAAACCCCUUACCCAGCUAGGGGACGAGGCACAUGGCGCCUUAACGAAGGCCUCCUGGACACACCGGGGAAUCUCCUUCAAAUACAGGCCAAAACACAGGAAUACUUUGAGACCCAUGCGACUUGCCAGACAACAAUUAUCACUAAAUGGUUAGCCCAUAAGGCAGUCAUAAGGGGAAACUUUAUCCAGAUGGGGGCGAGAGUAAAGAAGCAAUACAACAAUGAAAGAACACGCCUUGAGCAAGAAAUAACCACACAUGAAGAGGCACACAAACGUAAACCCACUAAACGCACGCACGACACACUGACAAAGCUCAAAUCCAAACUAAGCUCUCUUCACUUAGUGGAAACAGAAAAAAGGAUGCAGACCCUCAAACAGACAUAUUAUUCCAUGGGCAACAAGGCAGGAAAAUUACUAGCCCAACGAGUCCGCCAAACAAAAUUGCAGUCGAAAAUACCCUAUAUCACUUCAGAGCAGGGAGUAAAACUAUAUAACCCCCAGGACAUAGUCAACGAGUUAGCGCGGUAUUAUGCGUCCCUUUACCAGUUAGACAGGGACCACGGCACUCACCAACCGACUAAAAUGGGAAUCACACGUUUUCUAGAUCAGAUAGAUUUACCGAGCCUAUCCCAAGAGCAAUGCUCCUCGCUGGAAGAACCCUUCUCAGAGCAGGAAAUUGAAGAGGCCAUUAAGUCCCUACCUAAGCACAAAGCCCCGGGCCCAGACGGCUUAUCAAAUUAUUACUAUAUAAAAUUGUCGCCGUAUCUGACCGCCCCUCUCACCACACUAUAUAACGUAAUAAAAGACUCAGGGGAGAUGCCCAAAGAAAUGCUAGAAGCUUUCAUUGUGACACUGCCCAAACCAAACAAACCCCCCAUUAUCUGUGCUAACUUACGCCCAAUUUCCCUGCUAAAUGCGGACACAAAAUUAUACGCCAAACUGAUAGCAACGAGACUUAAAAAAAUACUCCCAGAUCUCAUCUCCGAGGAACAGGCGGGAUUCGUCCCAGGGAGGCAAGUGGGGGACAAUACCAGGCACUUCCUGAAUCUAAUAGAUUGGGCAAACUUAUCGUCCCAGGCUGGCCUGAUCUUGGCACUGGAUGCCGAAAAGGCCUUUGAUCGCCUACACUGGGAAUAUAUGACACAGACGCUCCUUAGAAUGGGAUUCUCCUCAAAAGUCCUGUCGAGCAUUCUUGCAUUAUAUCGAAAUCCGACGGCCAGAGUGUUUAGCACGGGCUUUAUAUCUGAUCAAAUAGAGAUAAGGAAUGGUACCCGACAGGGAUGCCCCCUCUCGCCCCUCAUCUUUAUAUUAAGUCUAGAACCUCUAAUUCGGCUAAUAAACUGCGACCCAGUAAUACAAGGGCUCCACACUCCAGGCGGUGACAAAAAACUGGCACUCUUCGCGGACGACGUGUUGGUAUUCCUAACACGUCCAGAAUCCUCACUACCACGACUAAUACACAGGCUCGACACAUAUGGACGGGUAUCUUACUAUAGGAACAACACAACGAAGACGCAAGCACUGCCUAUAAACUUACCGAGCAAUAAUGUCAUGACGCUACAAUCACAACACACCUUCGACUGGCGCAAAACCUCUCUAAAAUACUUGGGGAUCAAUCUCACAAAGUCCUCUCAGACCACCAUACGGGAAAACCACUACCCGGUCAUACAAAAGCUAAGAACCACACUAGAGAAAUGGGAAGGUCUAGAGGUAUCCUGGUUAGGCCGUAUUAACCUUAUCAAAAUGAUGGCGCUGCCGCACAUACUAUACCUGUUUAGAACCUUGCCCAUCGCCCUCCCCACCAAACUUUUAAAACUUUUCCAAAGCACAAUAAACGCACAUGUAUGGAAACGGAAGCCCCCGAGAGUGGCAAGGGGAGUGCUGGGGCUCCCAAGCACCAGUGGGGGGCUGGGCAUGCCGGAUAUCAAGGCUUACUAUAAGGCAACCGUUUUAGCGCAGGGUAUCAGGCUCUUACGCUCCGCGCCCGCCACCUGUAAACCCAUAUGGCUAGAAAUGGAAAGCGCCUGCCUGAACACCCAUGACUUGUCACGGAACCUAUGGGCAGGGGGACACUCACAGGUUGUAGGGGGAAACAACUGCAGAGCUCACGGUUUCUUCUAAGGGCAUGGAAUAACUGGAGCUCCUGCAUAGUAAACCCCAAAGAGCUCUUUUUAGCAGCACCCUUGGAAACACUAGAAGUACUAUCCCCAGACUUGCCGAUGGGCCGAUGGAAAGGGAGGGGCGAACUCCGGGUCCAAGACAUACUAGAGGGAGGACAUAUUAAGCAAUUCCCCAUCCUGCAAAGGGAACUACAGCUACCAGCAAGGGAUAUCUUCCAGUACCUUCGAAUAAAAAAUAUAGUGCACUCGCAUAUUCAACUCUGCGCUACUCACUCCCCCAAACCCCACAUAACGCUUAAACAGGCACUCCUCCACAAACAACUCAAGCCACUUUCAGCAUGCUACAACGCACUUAUCACUUUGGCAGCCCCCGAUAAACAUAAACCUACAUACAUGAAUCUGUGGGAGGAGGACUUGGGACUCCAAAUUCCCAAAACAGAGUGGCUAACGGCUCUGGAAACCACGAAAAAAGCAUCGCAAAGCCUCACACUCUGGGAAGCGUAUUGCAAGGUGCUAAUGAGGUGGUACUUGGUACCACAUAGACUGGCAAGUAUGUACCCGGGCACGUCCGGGAAGUGUUGGAGAUGCAACAUAGGAGAGGGAACCAUGCUCCAUAUUUUCUGGACAUGCCCCCUACUGACUGACUACUGGGAGGCGGUUCAUCUGCUCCUACUAGGUAGGACAGGGAUCACUCUCCCCAAGAAGCCGGAACACUACAUACUUCACAUAGCGCCCAGUGUGGCCACUCACCCCCAUAGGAAAGUAGCGGUAAACAUUCUAACGGUAGCAAAAAUUUUGCUGGCAGGCAACUGGAAGAGCAACAAAAUACCAGCAGUAGAAGCUAUAACACACAGAAUGGAUAUGAUUAGCGCAUAUGAAAAAAUGGCCAACAAAGUAAACGGUAGCAGUGUGAGAUAUGACAGGGAAUGGAGUUGUUGGCCAGCGGAAAAUUAGGCAGUAAAACAGGAGCCACAGUCAGGUGAUGCCUACAUUCACAUAGAGCAAGGUUUAGAUGGGAACAAUGCCAAGUUUACAAAUGGAUGUAUAGGAUUUAAUCAUCACAUGUAUAAAAUGCUGUCUAGGGAACCCCCCCCCUCCCUUCUUCCUUUCUGUAUCCCCCCCCCAACCCAAGUUCUUGUUACAAAAAUGAAUGAACAGGUAUAGCUUGUCAGACGUGCAUCACUAGCAAUAACUUCAUCUGUACCGAAUCGACACACAAAGACACUAGGCACAUCACAUAACACAGUGCCUCGAGCAGAGAGAUCCAAAACGAGCGCAUCUACCUGGGAAGCAUCAUAGGCUUCAAAUGUAUAUACAGAAGAUGUUAGACCUAUAUUAUGUGGGGUAAUGGAUUUCACAGCUGCGACUGUGCGGGUUUUGAAUGCCAGAAUGUAAUGUGAUGCACAAAGUCUGAAAAUAUGCUUGUACCAAUAAAAAGAUAAAUGAGAAAAAAAUAUAAAGGACUAUAGAUACAUUUAGACACAUAAAUCAAAUAUGUAUAGGCAAUUGUAAAUGUCAAAAUGCAGGCUAAUUGUACAACCAAAAAUAUUAUAUUAAUGACUAAAACAAAUAACUUUAAACACAUAUUAAGAAAUAUGUAUAGGCAAUUAAAAAAUAAUAAAAUUCACUGAGCGUCGGGUGGGGGCCCUAGUCACCUGGGGGGACACAUUUUUUUGGUGGUUCCCACCCGCCGCUCAGGGGUGGGGGCCAGGGGGGGGGAGGAUAAUAGGUCUCCCCAUUGGUAUUUAGGGCCCCCACCCGCUGCUCAGGGGUGGGGGCCAGGGGGAGGACAUUAGGCCCCCCUUAUUAAUAUUUAGGGCCCCCACCCACUGCUCAGGGGUGGGGGCCAGGGGGGAGGACAUUAGGUCUCCCCCUUUUUCCAACAUAGGGCCCCCACCCGCCGCUCAGUGGUGGGGGCCAGGGGGGAGGACAUUAGGCCCCCCCUUAUUUUAUUGUAGGGUCCCCACCCGCCGCUCAGGGGUGGGGCCAGGGGGGAGGACAUUAGGUCCCCCCCUUAGUAGUAUUUCGAGCCCCCACCCACCGAUAAGCGGUGGGGGUUGGGAGGGGAGGACAAUAAGUCCCCCCCAUCGUUUUACUUUAGGGCCCCCACCCGCCGCUCAGGGGUGGGGGCCGGGGGCAAUAGGUCCUAUUUUUUUUUUUUUUUUAAACAGUGAGCAGCCAUAGGCUGCUCACUGUUUACUAGACAUCCCCCUACUCGCAGUAUAGCGUGUAGGGGCAAAAGUUUCUAAUACUAAGUCAUUUUUACUUAGUAUUAGUAAUUUUGGCUGAAAGACCAAUUUAGGUCUUUCAGCCUUUUGGUAGAUAACUCCCUAAUACCGUGGGAAUUGGGGAAUUAUCUACUAAGCAGCUGCAAUAGAAGUCCCGAAGUCCCAAAGUCGCCGAAGUUGCCGAAGUUGCGAGCUGCAGAAGUCCCGAAUUGCAAAAAUCCCGAAUUUCGGAAUGCCGAACCGAACCGAAAAUUUUCUCCAUGCACAUGCCUACUUUGCAUGUAGAUAAAAAAUUGGAAAUAGGUUGCGCUACAGUAACAGAAAAAUAAUAUGUAGAAGUAAUGUACUCACAUAUAAUGAAUAAGGCAAAAAUAUUUUCUAAUAGUCCUAAUACUUAGUAGGCUGCUAUAGGAUCCAGUUGACCUGUAAAGACUUGAAUAUGUUGUAAGUCCAAUACGGUAUUGGAUCUUCAAGUGCUGGAGUCGUCUUGACUCAGAUUUGGAUAUGUGGACAUAAAAAAAAAAAUACUCCAAUAGUGCAAACUGCAACUGACAGGUAAAUGAAUUAAAAAUACACAACAGGGAGGUAAUCCACUCACCUAUUGAGGAGCAUAGACUAGCUCAAGUAUAUUUGGCUUUCAGUGGUGUCGAUCCUCCACUGGUAGGAUAUAGGUGUUGAUAAUCGGAAGAGCUCCUUGGUAUGUAGAGAGAUAAAAGCCAAAUAUAGUGCUCACUGUAUAUAUUGUAAAACAGGUCAAUUAUGGAAAAAUAUAUACUGCUCAAUAUGAUAGCAUAGGUGGUACUAUCCCCACCUAGGAUUCUUGGGCAGGUGCACGCUCUAAUGUUGUAGAUGACCAGGUAUAGAUAAAAUAGAUAUAAUAAAAUAUUUUAUAAAAAUUAUAAUAAAAAGGUAUAUGUCAAAUAUAUGGUUAAAAAAGCCAAUAUUCCUUUAUUAAUAACUAUUAAAAAUAGAAUAUAAAAACAACCAAAACGCGUUUCGUAACACAGGGCUGUAUCAACUGGCAAUAGAAACAACAACCUGGUAUAUAAAUGUUUAUAUAGGCUUUGUAAUCAUAUGCUAAUUCAAAUUUUGGCGCAAAAAUUACGUCAUUAGUACAAUACAUAUAAGCAAUACAAAACAUAGAUAUAAUAGGAACAGAAUAUUGUAAAAACAAACUAUAUAGUUGUAAUAUAUUUAAAUCCUUAAAACUAGUAUUCUCUUUUAAGAAAAAAAACUUUGGUCACGUGAUCGCGAUCUGCCGAUAAGCACUGGGCAGGACUUAUUCAUUGAGCAGCAAUGUACUCUGUAAAGUGUAGUCCGCGGGUGGAACGCAACCAGAAGUGGAUGCGUUCCACUCGAUAACCACUUCCCCCACAAUCCAGUAUCACCUUAGUAGACACUUAAAAAGCAAAAUAAACCAUACAACAACGAAUUUCCUCAGUAAUAAAUAAGAACAUGGGUAUUAAAAAGUAAAUAAAUACAUACUUUAGAUGUUUAAAAGGACAGCUAAACCCCAGCGGACCUUCAUACCAGAGACGGCUCAAAAUCGGACACGUGCUGGAGAUGUGGAAGAGCGACUGGGACGUUUCUACACCUCUGGUGGGACUGCACUCUCAUUAGACCAUUCUGGGAAACAGUGGGACGAGUGAUCACCGAAAUUUCGGAUGAAUGCCUCCCAAUGACGCCAGCUCCCUUCUUGCUGCACCACACGACGAUGCCCACGCCGGUGUAUAAACGAUCAGUGAUACCAAGGCUUCUCAACACAGCGAAAACUACAGUCCCUAUCUUUUGGAAGCAACCACGCACCCCCCUGCUCGGACGAUGGGUGGAGGAGGUGGAGAACAUCAGGAACUUUGAGGACUUGAAGGCAAACACAGCGAUGGCGAAAGAAAAAUACACGAAGAGGUGGUUCUACUGGCUGAAAUAUGUCACCUGAGACGGCUUCGUGUCCCUCUUAACUACACCAGAACUUAGGGAGGAGCGGACAGGGAACCAGCGAGAGUUGACCACCGGUGAUGACGGCGGGGCGGGUCGGUCUGGGACGGAGAAUGGGGGUACAGAUCGGUGGGACGGCAGAGAUGCCCACCCGUCUUAAUGCUACUCUAUCUCCUAAUCCCCUACCACAUCCCUAUUCUCCUCAUUCUGUUCUGUUCUUCAGCCCAUCCCUUUUCCCAAAUCCCUGACCCUCCCACACAGGAACAUACCCUAAAUGAGACACACACAGACACCCAGACACCAGAAUCUGAACCGAACUAUCUGACAAAUACGGUCCAUAUGAUUGAGGCGCACACACAGACCCACACACCACACAGCACACAGAACACACACUAAGACGCUAGCCUUCUCAGCAGGCCAACAACAUUAAAUACCAGACCGCAUGACCAUAUGUCUACAAGUAACCGGAAAUAACUUGGACCACACAACUGUGCAAUGGUCUAAAAUGCAUAACGAAGAUAUACCCCUCAGUUAAUGGUUCAAUCGUUUUUUAAUGCGCUCCCUAUACGGCACUAGCUCGUAACAGCAUGUUCUUGUUUUUGCCAAGUUUAAACAUAUAGCUGCAAACUCCAUUCGUUUUAUGAGUACCGUUCAGCAUACGCAACAUAGGCCCGCACACGGUAACUUCUUCGCCUUACCAGGCAUUGACCGUUUUAACUGAUCAACAAUAUGCUUCGCGGUAUAUGCCUCUGCCAUAUGAUUGUUAUGCAAAUUAGCUGCUUCGCUUAGCCUACACAGGCAAUGUUUUACAUGACACCGAUAUAUGCUGUCCAACACCAUAAUGCUCUCAACAUGUACUAAGCACUCAGGCCGGAGGGCAAAGGAAACCCAAGCUUAACACAUAACCGCAAAUUUUAUUUGAUUUUCUAAAAGUAAGCUUCAAACAUGCAGAUUGUCCGUAUUAUUAGUAACAUUAAUUUUAAGCAAUAUAAGUUUACAAACCUUGUUAUUAUAAGCAUUACAGUUAUAUGUAAGUAAAUUGCCAUUAAUCAAACCUGACUAAGUUUUUCUGUGCAGUGCACUAUGCCGACACUGGUUAAACGCGACUGAUCUUGCAGCCCUUUAUGCCUCUGCGCAGGCAACCAUACGCACUAUAUGUCUAUUAUCUGAUUUAUUGUGCCUCUGCGAAGGCAACAGUGCAUCAAUUUUUUUGCAUAUGAUCUAUGUCUGAUACCACUUAACGUGCAAAAUAAAAACAAUUUAAAACAAAAAGGACAGCUAAAAAUACAUAGAAUAAACAUAAGAUUAUUUUGAAAAAAUUUCAACCAAAAUAAUUAAUAAAAAAGGGAUAAAUGAAAAUACAGUAAAAAAAAAAAGGUAGUACUUAAUAUAAAACAAGUAUAAAAGGAAACUAGUACUUAACUAUAUAAUAUGUAAAUAAAGUGAAAACAUAACCCAAAUGAGAUACAUUGUAUUUAAAGGGAAAGUGUCCUACCUUUUGGAGCCGAAUCAGAAAUUCAUCUUUGGUUGUGUUUUUUAGGCCAUGAUAUGCAUCUUAGUUAAAAACAAGAAAAUAUAUGAGACGACAGGAGACAUGACAAAUUUUUUUUUUUUAAAAAUGAAAUAUUUAUUACUUAAAAAAUUUAUUAUAUUUAUAAAAAAUUUAAUUAGAUUUAAUUAUAAAAAAUUAAAAAGAUCAAAUUCAGCAUUGAGUCCUUCUGGAGAGAGGGUUUUAAGUUGGAAGACACAAUACAUUUCCCUUUUGCCUAAAAUGUUUGUCAUAUCUCCGCCUCUCCAGGGAACAUUAACUUGUUCUAUCCCGAUAACCUUUAAAAAUUUCGGGUCUUUAUUGUGUGCCAGAAAAUGUUUUGAAACUGAAUGAUUGUCAUACCCUGUUCUAAUAUUUCGGCAAUGUUCCGCCAGUCUGAUUUUUAGGCAUCUUUUGGUCAUGCCUAUGUAUUGGAGUCCGCAUGGACACUCCAACAUAUAUAUCACAUUUUUAGUGUUACAGCCAAUAAAAUCUUUGAUUGGGUACGAUGCUUUUGUAAUUGUGGAGGAGAAAUGGGUGGUUUUAGACUUGGCUGUAGUUUUACACACAAUGCGUUUACUGCACUUAAAAAAAACCAUCGGCCUAGAUAAGAAGUUAUCUCUCUGCUGUACAUUGUUCUUCAUAUAAUUUCUCGUAAGAAUUGUUUUAAAAUUAGGGGCCCCUCUAAAUAUUAAAUUUGGUCUGUCUGGGAUAUGUUCUGUCAAAAGGUCAUCUUGUUUAAGAAUAUGCCAGUAUUUUUUUUAAUAAUCUUUUUCAAAAUGUUAUUUUUGUUGUUGAAGUCGAAGAUAAUAGGUAAUUGUGGAGGGUCUUCUUUUUUGACUUUAUAUUUCAAAAGCUCUUUUCUCUCCUUCUCCUUAACCACCUCUAGGGCUGCGUCUAAUUUUUCUAAUUUGUAAUUUUUAUCUAAAAACAUAUUUUUUAGUGAGGUAGAUUGGGCAUUAAAAUCAAUUGUUUGAGAACAAGUGCGAUGGAGGCGAAGAAAUUGGCUUUUUGGAAUACCAUCCAACCAUGGUUUGUGGUGACAACUAGUUUGGUCUAUUAUAUUGUUGGUGCACACUUCUUUAAAGAAGGUUUUGGUUUGAAUGCAUCCAUCUUGAAUAACAAUAUUGAGAUCUAAGAAAUUAACUGAUACGUUGCUAUAUUCCAAAGAUAAAACUAUACCUCUAUCAUUAUCAUUAAGAUGAUCUAAUUUUAGGAGGCCCUGAGGUUUCUGAUGGCAGCCCAGCUGACAGGAAGACAUGCUCUGGGCUGCUGUCAUAAACAUAAAAGGCUGCGUAAGAAAGAAGAACCUAGAGAGGGAAUGUAAAAAAAAAAAAAAAAAAGUUUAGACUAACCUGCAGAGAUAAUGCAAAAGCUUCCACCAGCAAGGACCAAACAGCAUAGAAACAUAGUUAUAGUGAAGAUAAGAAGCCUCGCGGGCAAGGAGUAAUAGUGUGAAUAGAGGUUUUACUCUAACUGGAAAUAAUAGGGUUCCCAUCAGAUAACCCCAAAGAGCAAAGCUAAGAUAAAGGAUUAGAUGUAAUCUAAUAGGUUUCCAGGAGUAAUGUAGGAAAUAUACCUAAUAAAAUGGUUAUGAUGACAAUUAUUUAUAAAUCAAUGUUGAUAAAACACAAUACUCAUAUACAUUAAAAUCUGCAAAUAUUGCACCAUAUAUAAAAAAAAUUCUAUUCUCAUAAAAUAGAUAAGAGGAUUCUGUGUUUUAAAACGUCAGUUUUAUUAAAAGGAGUUACUUAAAGUCCACAAUAUUUUGCAACUUUGUAUAGUCUAUUUGGAUACAAUUGCAAAACAAGUCCUUUGAGAUGUGAGCUAGUGGCAGUUAUCCCAGUUACUGUGUUAGCUGGGGUAUAUCUGCUAAACAAGCGAUAUUACUAUAGUACAAAAAAAACAAAAACAAAUCUUGCUUCUUCAGAUGAUGUAUAAUUGUUCUGCUGUACCCUGGGUUUCUCUGCAAUAAACUGUGAGCUUUAAAUUCACAUAAAAUAUCCCAAGUAUUAGACAAUAUCUUCAAUCUAUGGGAAUAUAAAACAAAAUCCCAUAGUGUUUUCUGUUUAAAUUAAUGAAUUUUAUUUCAAAAUAGGUAAAGUUAAAAUUGCACUCAUAGACUAUGUCAAGGGGGUAUGGAAACGCUGGAUGAUAUUACUGGGGUAGCGUGGUACAGGGUCUUGCAGUCCGGCCGUGUGAUGAUAAGACUCUGCUUACAACCGCUUGCGUCCCACCGAUUUCCCCUUCCAUGCUUGAUAUCAAAAUGUCUUGAAAGAUUGUGUGUAUGAAGACCUUUUUUGACGUUCCUUAUGUGUUCGCUCACUGUUGUUUUGAGCGCUCUCUUGGUUCGUCCUAUAUAAAUCUUGUUGCAGGGACAGCUUAACAUAUAAAUGACUCCUGUAGUAUUACAAUUUAAAUGGGUUUUGAUUUUAAACGUUUCUUUUCUUUGAGGGUGACUGAAUAUAUUGCUGUGUAUUGGUUGAUUAGGAUUAUUUCUACAUGCAGUGCAUGCUUUACAUUUCCAAAAUACUUUCUUAUUACUGGAUUCAAUAGAAUUUCUAUCUUCUGGUUUUUCCUGUUUGGUAGUUGGUGCCAGUAAGGUGCUUAGAUUCGGUGCCUUUGAAUAAAUUAUUGAGGGUUCAUUUCCUAAUAUUGCGACUAAUUGUGGGUCACCUUUGAGAAUGUUCCAAUGUUUUUGUAAGAUAUUCCUUACUUGGCUAGAUUGAUUAUUAAAUCUAGUGAUAAACGAUGGGAUAUUUGAAUCAUUGGUGGAGUCUUUGAGUUUAGUUUCUAAAAUUUGUGAGCGUGAUAAUUCAGUAGUUUUUUUAAUAACUGUGUUAAGUAAAUCUUCAGAUUACCUUUUGGCUUGAAAUUGGGACUUCAUUUCUAUUUGUUGAGUGCAGAUUGCAGGUUCCGAGCAAUUUUGUUUAAUUCUUCGAAAUUGGCUGAAUGGUAUAUUAUUAAGCCAAGUAGAUUUGGGAAAACUGUCAUGUGGAAUAAAACUGUUGCAUGCAACUGAUUUUCUGAAUGUUUUAGUUUCUAUCUUAUUGUUUUUGAUAUAAAUCUCUAAAUCUAGAAAUUCCAAUUUUUCUUUUGAUUGAUUAAAAGUAAAUGUAAGAUUGUAAGGAUUAAAAUUGAAAUAUUCCUUAAAAGAAUCCAAUAGAAGAACAUCUCCUCUCCAAAUAAAAAUGCAGUCAUAUAUAUAUAACGUCGCCAUAUGAGCAGAUUUGCGCCAAAUGGGUUGUGGGUCCAAAUAAACUCUUCCUUCCAUUUACCCAUAAAAAGAUUGGAAUAGCUUGGCGCAAAUCUGGUUCUCAUGGCCGUUCCCUCUAUUUGUAAGUAGUGCUGGUUGUUAGCGCCCCAAAAAGUUAUGGCUAAGAAUGAAUGCCGCACAUUUAACUAUAUAGUCUAUUUGAUCAUUCUUUAGUUCUGAGAAAGUGGCAAGUGCAUACUGUAUUGCCUCGCACCCUUACAGGUUCUCUACCACCGUAUAUAGUGACGUAACAUCCGCCGUUGCUAGGAUGUACCCCUCUUGCCAUUCAAUUUCUGAUAAAAUUCGUAUAAUGUGUGUGGUAUCUCUUAAAUAGGAUCGGAGUUUGGUAACCAUGGUCUGCAGAAAUUUGUCUACUUAUUUCCAACAAAUUUGAAGUUAGAGAACCAAUCCCUGAAAUGAUUGGAUGUCCUGGAGGGUUGUUGAGAGUCUUAUGUAUCUUGGGGACAUGAUAGAAUACUGCCAUUCUUGGGAAUUUGCAAUACAGAUAGUCAUAUUCUUUUUUUUAUUGAGAAUGCCUCUUACUUGUCCUUCUUCUAAUAAUGUCUUGAGUUCUUGUUGGAAUUUUAUUAGAAGGAAGACGACCAAAUAGUCAUAAGGGCAGCGGAUAGAGGUGGAGGCCUGGUAAUUCUUAAUUUAGAAGAUUAUCAAAGAGAAAAUAAGAGACUACUCAGCGACAACAGAACAUAUCAAAUUCUAAAUAGUAACCCUUACUAUGAAGAUAUUUUCUAAUACUUGGGAUCUUUUAUGUGAUCUUGAAGCUCACAGUUAAUUGCAGAGAAACCCAGUGUACAGCAUAACAAUUAUAUAUCAUCUGAAGAAGCAAGAUUGUUUUUUUGUACUAUAGUAAUAUCGCUUGUUUAGCAGAUAUACCCCAGCUAACACAGUAACUGGGAUAACUGCCACUAACUCACAUUUCAGAGAACUUGUUUUGCAAUUGUAUCCAAAUAGACUAUACAAAGUUGCAAAAUAUUGUGGACUUUAAGUAACUCCUUUUAAUAACACUGAAGUUUUAAAACACAGAAUCCUCUUAUCUAUUUUAUGAGAAUAGCAUUUUUAUAUAUUUGGUGCAAUAUUUGCAGAUUUUAAUGUAUAUGAGUAUUGUAGAUUAUGCUAGCUUUAGUGUACCUAUAAUCUUAAUUUUAUUAAUGACAGGAGGCAAGUAUUUGCUUAAGUCUCUCUUUACUAGAACUCCACAGCAGCACAGAAAAACAACCAAUCAGAAAAAAAAGUUAGGUACUAUAAAACUCCCCUCCCCAUUCAUCAUUUCCUCUUUCAAGCUGCGACAAAAACAGAAUAAAGUCAGAAAAACAUAAUUUGGAAGAAACAAAGUCCUAGAUACGUGUCCAACUCCGCGUUUCUGGAGCUCGGGGAACGGAGGAGGCAAACGCUUAGGUCUGCCUCCUGAGGCCCCCAAGCAGCACCUACACCGCCACAAAAACCACCAAGGUGGAGAAAGUAAAAUAAAAUGGGGUAUACACAGAGUGAUAACGGAUAGGGGCACAAGAUCAAGGGGAUAGAGGUGAUAAAAGGACCCCAAGGACCCCCCCACAAAUCCAUAGACUAUACAAAACUGCAUUAUAAGCAUAAAAUCCGACAAGGACAUUACAAUAUUGCAUUAUAAGAAUAAAAUCCAACAGGUACUAUUAUAAUACUGCAUUUAUAAGCAUAGAAUCCUACAAGGACUAUUAUAAUACUGCAUUUAUAAGCAUAGCAUCCUACAAGGACUAUUACAAUACUGCAUAAUAAGAAUAGAAUCCUACAAGGGCUAUUACAAUACUGCCUUUAUAAGCAUACAAUCCUACAAGGACUAUUAUAAUACUGCAUUUAUAAGCAUAGAAUCCUACAAGGACUAUUAUAAUACUGCAUUUAUAAGCAUAGAAUCCUACAAGGACUAUUAUAAUACUGCAUUUAUAAGCAUAGAAUCCUACAAGGACUAUUACAGUACUGCAUAAUAAGAAUAGAAUCCUACAAGGGCUAUUACAAUACUGCAUUUAUAAGCAUAAAACCCUACAAGGACUAUUAUAAUACUGCAUUUAUAAGCAUAGAAUCCUACAAGGACUAUUAUAGUACUGCAUUUAUAAGCAUAGAAUCCUACAAGGACUAUUAUAAUACUGCAUUUAUAAGCAUAGAAUCCUACAAGGACUAUUAUAAUACUGCAUUUAUAAGCAUAGAAUCCUACAAGGACUAUUAUAAUACUGCAUUUAUAAGCAUAGAAUCCUACAAGGACUAUUAUAAUACUGCAUUUAUAAGCAUAGAAUCCUAUAAGGACUAUUACAGUACUGCAUAAUAAGAAUAGAAUCCUACAAGGGCUAUUGCAAUAAUGCAUUUAUAAGCAUAAAACCCUACAAGGACUAUUAUAAUACUGCAUUUAUAAGCAUAGAAUCCUACAAAGACUAUUAUAAUACUGCAUUUAUAAGCAUAGAAUCCUACAAGGACUAUUAUAAUACUGCAUUUAUAAGCAUAGAAUCCUACAAGGACUAUUAUAAUACUGCAUUUAUAAGCAUAGAAUCCUACAAGGACUAUUACAGUACUGCGUAAUAAGAAUAGAAUCCUACAAGGGCUAUUGCAAUACUGCAUUUAUAAGCAUAAAACCCUACAAGGACUAUUAUAAUACUGCAUUUAUAAGCAUAGAAUCCUACAAGGACUAUUAUAGUACUGCAUUUAUAAUCAUAGAAUCUUACAAAGACUAUUAUAAUACUGCAUUUAUAAGCAGAUAAUCCUACAAGGACUAUUAUAAUACUGCAUUUAUAAGCAUAGAAUCCUACAAGGACUAUUAUAAUACUGCAUUUAUAAGCAUAGAAUCCUACAAGGACUAUUAUAAUACUGCAUUUAUAAGCAUAGAAUCCUACGAGGACUAUUAUAAUACUGCAUUAAGAAUAAGAAUCCUACAAGGACUAUUAAAAUACUGCAUUUAUAAGCAUAAAAUCCCACAACAUAAUAAGAAUAAAAAACUGAAUAUUCAAGCAAUAAAAUCCCAAAGCCACCAACUAUAAGCAGGAGGCAGUGGUACUGUGACCUGUACUGACUGUGGAGCAGCAAAAAAAGAGGAAAUGAUGCAUGGGGAGGGGAGUUUUAUAGUACCUAACUUUUUUCUGAUUGGUUGUUUUUCUGUGCUGCUGUGGAGUUCAAGUAAAGAGAGACUUAAGCAAAUACGAAGCCUCCUGUCAUGUUAUAAAAUUGUGUUUUAUCAACAUUGAUUUAUAAAUAAUUGUCAUCAUAACCAUUUUAUUAGGUAUAUUUCCUGGAAAACUAUUAGAUUACAUCUAAUCCUUUAUCUUAGCAUAGAAACAUAACUGUUGGCGUCUUCUGGUGUCUCUUUAAAUAAUGAAUAGGCAGCGGCGUACAUACCACGGUUGCAGGGGUUGCAGCUGCAACUGGGCCCGGCACUCCAGGGGGCCCGGCCGCCCUGCGGACCCCCACGACCAGGUACCAGCUGCCAUAUUUUGCGGCCCCGAACCGUGCGGCAAACCGCCGUGGCCGCAUAUUAAGGGGUCCAUCGGAUGGCCCAUGCUGUCAGGGCCACCCGAUGGAUAUGGAUUGUGAGGGGGCCCGGACUGCGCUGGGCACUUUAACAGCGCGACCGGGCCCCCUGUGAUGACAUCCCACGCUGGGAGGAAGUGACUCCCCGGUCACUCCUCCCAGCUAUCAGCCCGCACGGGAGGAUGCAGGAAGGAGGAGGGCGUCAGAGUGGGAACUCUGACUCCCAUCAGGAUGAGCCCUCACUGAAUCCCAGGGAAAGUAACAAAAGGUAGGAAACAUUUUGUGUGUGUCUCUGUAUGUAUGUAUAUGUGUCUGUGUGUCUCUGUAUGUAUGUAUGUGUCUGUGUCUCUGUAUGUAUGUGUUUGUGUAUCUGUAUGUGUAUCUCUGUAUGUGUGUCUGUGUCUCUGUAUGUGUGUCUGUGUCUGUGUCUCUGUAUGUAUGUGUGUCUGUGUCUCUGUAUGUGUGUCUGUGUCUCUGUAUGUAUGUGUGUCUGUGUCUGUAUGUAUGUGUCUGCAUGUGUGUAUGUAUGUGUCUAUGUAUGUAUGAGUUUGUCAGAGGGUGUGUGUUUGUGUCUGUAUGUAUGUGUCGGGGGGGGGGCACGGUCAGGGGGGAGAGGGUCAGGGUAGAAGGGGGGGCCCACGGAUCAGUUUCGGACCGGGGCCCCAUGGGCUGUGUGUACGCCACUGUGAAUAGGAUUUGGCGGCUCCUCGGCCCCCGGUGACGUCAUCAGAAUGCAGGACUGCUUCAAACCUCUAAAUGGAAAACUUCAAACUGUCCCUGUAAAGGUCUAUAUUGGUGUCAAUCUCCCUUUUAUUUUUUCUCAUGUGGAGGUUAAAUCAUUAAAUUAACAAAUAUCCAAUUAAGUAUUCGUUAUUUAUAAUAACCCAAGUGCAUUAUGUUAUAUCAAAAGUGAAAGUGCAUAUAUUUCUUAGACAAAGAUUUACUUUAACAUAAUUUGCUAAAUUUUGUGUUUGGUUUAGUACUUAAGUGCAUUAGUUAGUUUAAUGUUUAUGGUUUUACAUCAUUUAAAUCAUCUAAUUAAUAUAUUAUUUGGUGUUUAAUCUUUAUGUUGAUUUUUUUUUUUUAAUUUAGCUUGAUUGUGUUCUUAAGAAUUUUUGAUAUAUCGAAAUGAAUCAUAUAAUAAUUAUCUAUCUUAAUACAGUCCUUUAUUCCCCAUCUAUAUUUUAGUUGGAACAUGAUAUUACAUACGAAAAGUAUGUCCAUUGGACCAACCCCAGCAUGAUGGCCAACAGCAAAGUUAAACUCUGUUUGCCCAAAUUCAAGAUGGAAUGCAGCUAUGACCUCAAGGACAUUUUAAAGAGUUUGGGGUUGGAUGAUGCAUUUAAUGAAGAGGUAUCUGAUUUCUCAGGCAUGUCAGAAGGUAAAGGCAUUGUGUUGUCUCAGGCAAUACAGAAAGCUUGUAUUGAGAUCAAUGAAGAUGGCACUGAGACAGCAGAUGUCACUAAAGAGAGGCUUCUAAUGCACAAAGAUGAGUUCCUUGUUGACCAUCCAUUCCUGUUUAUACUUCGACACAACAAAACACGCACAAUUCUUAUGUGUGGCAGGUACUGCUUCCCUCCAUCUUCAUGCUAAUUCAAUCUUCAUGAGUAGAUCACCCCUACUCAUGUAGAUAAUAGCUGAUACGGUAAUGUUUCCAUAUUGGUUAUAAUAUCUUGUAAUCAGUGUCUGCUCAGCAAAUAUUGUAAGAAUUAAUAAUUUGUCUUGCUAUUUACUUUCAUAGUUGCUAUUGAUAAUUGAUAUUGUGCUUUUGUUCACAUCAAUAAAACACCAAAGCUCAUUUCAAAAAUCUUUGUCCCUGCUUUUUUUUUUUUUAUACAAUUUAAAAAAG